CUGAGCCUACUUCGAGUUCCCCAGACCUCAUCGAAUCGCACCACAGCUAGUUAAGGAGCGCAGAAACACGGAUGCCACAUUCCUGAGGCACGACACGUGCAAACAAGUUGGCGGACCCCACUUCGUGUGCAGCCGGUGGAGCCAUUCACUGCUUGGCUCUUCCCGAAAGCGAAGAGAGAGCCUGGCACUGUUCCAGGUAACGUGGGUCCAGAAGCAAGACGGCUGUAAUGCGCCGUGACAACCUGGCGGCGUCGCCCCCUACCCUCUUUUGUGACGGCGCAUUGCAAGUCAGCAAGGCAAGACCGCAGGGAGAAGAAAGCCCUCGGACAAACACCAAGCAGCGACUCUCUUCGCCAGGUGUGACUCCAUCGCACGGGCGCCUACCAUUGGCCGAAAAUGACGGCACCAGAGCGGGCUCGCCGAUUGGCCGAAAAUGGCGUCACCUGAGCGGGCUCUCCCAUUGGCCGAACGUGACGUGUCUUCGCGACACCGAAGGGCUUAAAAGACGCAGACCGGGAGCAGCAGGAGAGCAUUCCUUGAGCAUUCCUUGACUCAUCUCUUUCGGACUUCUUGCGACGGGCCGCAGCGUCAGAGUUGCUGCCGGCCCGUAAUGACUUUUCAGUUUGGCAGCAGUGCGCAUCGACUUCACAUCGUCUUACACACUACGUUCUUUACGCAGCCUGCUUCAAGCCCGUCUACAACGAAACUGGCGCCGGAAUCAAGCGAGGAUCUGUCCCAUCUACCAGCGAUCACAUCAGUCAUCGUCGGCUUGGUCCUGCUUCAAACCUGUCUACAACGAAACUGCCACCGGAAUCAACCGACGAUCUGUCCCAUCUACCAGCGAUCACAUCAGUCAUCGUCGGCUUGGUGUGAGGCGAGGUUACUGCUACUGCGCAGUGCUAAACGGUUCCUCGACCCUGCAUAUAUAAAGGGACCAUCCGCUUGUGAAAUUUUCAAUUUGGCAGCAGUGCGCAUCGACUUCACAUCGUCUUACACACUACGUUCUUUACGCAGGUCGAUGUCCAGGCUUAUCCAACAGCCUUUUCUGGACGAGGCAAAUCAUCUUGUCAUGGGUGCCAAAACUGAGCUCAAGCAACAUUAGGAACAAGCUACAUUCUCUGUGGGUGCAUCAGCCUGCGGAACUGUCUAAGCCAGUUCACCGAAUCAUGAAGUGACCAAUGUAUGAAAACAGUCACAAAGCAAAUCUGCAGAAGUUGCAUUAGAAACAUCUUGCUUAUGUAGUAACGUGGUGUUAUUGAUUUGAUUUCUUUAAUUUCUUUGAA